CCAUAUUUGGCACUUAAUCUAUGGGCGCGCAAAGAGAUCUCUUGGAAUGUGCUACCCUGAGUCCGCGGUUCGAUGACUCUGAGAAACUUGAAAUCACUCCGUCGACCUCUGUUUUCAGCACGGCAUCGUGACAAGAAAGGCACCUUUCGACCUGUUAUUCUGCCUUCUACCUCUGUCGCUCUUUUGUCAUGCCUGCUUCCGAAUCUUCUUCGUUUUAUACAUCGGUCGAUAAAUUCGAGCUGCAACCACUACACUAUUCUACUACUCAGACGUCUCCCAAGUCAGCUGAAACCCCCUCUCAUACGGUUCCUGAACUGCCCUACUCCGGUAGUACAACUAGCGUAGGUUUCGACGCUCCAGGCCACAGACCAAGCAAUAGCCUCUCACUUACUCCUUUGCGAUCACGCAUGUUUGAACAAGCUC